AACCUGUCAGGACCUACAGUAAAACAACUCCACAAAAAGAGGCAGCUUCAGAACAGAAAUGAACAUCUGGAAAGCGUAUAACACCUUUAACAGCAGCAAUGGAACAGAUCUAACUAUUGGCUUUACGUCUUCUACAGUAGCUGUCCUUUUAUUCGGGACAAACUUUGUGCCUGUUAAGAAAUUUGAUACUGGUGAUGGCAUGUUUUUCCAAUGGAUUCUCUGUGCUUCCAUAUGGAUAGUUUCUUUGGUGGUCAAUCUAAUCCAAAACUGCCCCCGGUUUUGGCCUCUGGCUAUGGUUGGGGGUUUUGUGUGGGCUACAGGUAAUGUUACAGUUGUCCCUAUUGUUAAAACUAUUGGCUUAGCUCUUGGUCUUUUGAUAUGGGCUUCCUUUAAUUUGCUAACAGGCUGGGCAAGUUCAAGGUUUGGUUGGUUUGGAAUUGACCCAGAAGAGGUAUCAAGACCAAUAUUAAAUUACAUUGGAGCUGGACUUUCAUUGUUAAGUGCUGUCAUAUUUCUUUUUGUAAAGACUGAAGUGCAGAGUUCUUCAGCUUCAUUAGAAAGCACCCCAUUACUGAGAGAAAGUUCUAUUAAUGUUUCUGCAAAUAAUUCUGAUGACUCAUGGGUGAACAGACUGUCUCCAGCAAGAAAGAGAGUCAUAGGAUGUAGCUUGGCUGUAGUAGCUGGAAUACUCUAUGGUUCCAGCUUUGUACCUGUACUUUACAUCAAGGACCAUGGAAGAAGAAAUGGAACUAUAUACACAGGAGCAAGUCAAUUUGAUUUAGAUUAUGUUUUUGCACACUUCAGUGGAAUCUUUCUUACAAGUACCAUAUACUUUUUGAUCUACUGUGCAAUCAGAAAAAACAAACCUGACGUUUAUCCCCAAGCCAUACUGCCAGGGUUUGUUUCUGGUGUGCUUUGGGCAAUAGCCAAUUGCUGCUGGUUUGUAGCCAAUCACUACCUCAGUGCUGUGGUCAGCUUUCCAAUAAUUACUGCAGGUCCUGGCCUUGUUGCUGCAAUGUGGGGAGUCCUUGUAUUUAAAGAAAUCAAGGGACUGCAAAACUACGUAUUACUCACAGUAGCAUUUUGCAUCAUUUUGGCUGGAUCACUCUCUACAGCUUUUUCUAAAGUUUGAACAGAUCAUCUAGACCAGUAGGUGGUGCUACUGUCAAAUAAAAUCACUGGUAAAGAGCUUGCAUCUUAGGACAUUGUGUGGGCUGAUUAUUUCUGCCUCUGCUCCUGAAAUCAUCCAAAAGACAAUAUUGGUAUAUUGCAAUACAUUAUAAUCUCCCAAGUGUAUGUCGAACACUUACCCCUAACUUACUUCAGGCAAGGAGAAAGAAAACCUUUGCUAAAUGUUUGCAUUUGGCAUGAAAGAAAAUCUUGAAAUGUAUGUUUCUGCGUUGCUUGUAACAGUGAGGAUAUCAAAGCGUUAUACUAAAUAAAGCUAAAUGAUUUUACAGUUACUGAUUUUCUGGUUAUCUGGUACUAAACUCACUUCAUCAUAAAUUGUGAUGCAUUGCUAUGGUGACAGAUAAAGGGAUUUUAAUUCUUAGUCUGUUGCGCUGUAGAUGUUUGCAAGCUUUUUUUUUUUCUUAUAGCAUUCUGUCUUACUGACUUUACUAUAAAAUGUUUCGUGGAAUAUUCUUUUUGGAACUGAUAUGCAAAAAGAUGUGAAGCAUUUAUUUUAUUUAGAAGCAUUUUUUUUAAGUUUUUUUAAAGUUGUCAGUUUACAUAACAGCGUUCUCUUCUAACCACUUUCAAUCACACAGAAUUUUGAACGAAAUACAGAAAAAAAUGGUGCUAUAAAAUAAAUAUCUAAUGUUUGCUGGUAACUUCUUUUGUUUAGCUUCAAGAACAUUAUGUAGAAAUCAUGACCAUGAUAAGAAUAGUUGGGAAUUAUUUUCUAAAAUGCCUGUUUUGUGGAACUUUGCAAAUAAAUAUUGCCUUUCUGUAACUGGUGAUG